AUAUUAAAUAAUACUAGAGAUUACGUUAGUGUAGAACUGCUUUCGUUCGUUGAGUGAAGUCAGAUCUCUGCCGUUUACGUAUAAUAUGAUCCACUCAUGUGUUAGUUGAUUUUAGUAUUGCGGCAGCUUACAAGGUGGAUGGUCGGUGUAAAAUCUGUGUGAGGCACAAAGUUGUGUACAAUGGGACGCACUAGUGAAGAAUCGGAACGAAAAUCGGAGAUGGAUGCUGAAAUGAAUUACAUCAAAUGUCUGCUGAAUGAUGCAGCAAACGUUCCGAUCGACGCAGAUCCCCACAGUUAUAAGAUUCACCUACCUCCGUGGUAUGACGAAGCGAAAUUUAAACGCGGACAGAAAUUUUUCCUCGACAACUUCGCGGCCGGCUUUCUGGCUUCACUGUGCGGUUUACUUGUCGUAUUCGCUAUACCGUCCAUACUGGAGAUCUUGAUCUUCACCCAAAGGUCAUCGACCCCGGCUACCGCCUAUAGACGUUACAUACUAACCAUCCUGCACACCCUCAAAUGGUACACUGCUGAGCUGAAACCGGGAACGGACUGCUGGAAAUCCCUGGAAUAUGUUAGACGAAUUCAUGCUGUCAGUAGCAAACAGGCAAACGCAAGUAAUUCCAAGAUGCUGGUUUCCCAGAAGGAUGUAGCUAUCACGCAGUUCGGUUUCAUCGGAUAUGUCGUUAUUAAUCACUCCAAGCUGGGAAUUCCUUACGACGAGGAAGGCUUAGACGCACUAGUGCACGUGUGGAGGACCAUUGGUUAUAUGAUAGGUCUCGAAGAUCGCUUCAACAUAUGCACGGAUAGCUUUAGCACAACGAAGCGCCGCAUGGUGACACUGAAUGAGCAGAUUAUUCGUCCAGCGUUGCUGGCACCUAGUGCCGAUUUUGUUCACAUGUCCAAAGCAAUGAUUCAUGGUUUGUGGUGCUUCAAUACGCUGCUAAAUUACGACGCAUUCCUGUUUGUAACCAGACGACUGUCGGAUGUUCCUGGACAUUACUACUGGAAGGACGAACCACGGGAUGGUAGCCGUGCGGAGUACCAACAGUUGGGUUGGUACAGCCGGGUCGUACUGUACAUGAUGAUUGGUGUUCACGAAGUGCUAUUCUCCUAUGCAUUGGUUCGGUGGUAUUUCAAUUGGCAGUCUACGUUGAAUGUUUAUGUCUUCAAUCGGUUUUUCCCGUGGUUAGCUAUCCUGAUGCAUGGUGUAAGGACUGCUUAUGUACGCAUAGUUUAUUAGGGCGAGUGGAAUUCAUGAUACCAGAUUAUUGACACGAAUUAGAAUUAUAUCAAUUGGGUGAAGCGAAUAUGUAAGUAAAG